AUGUUACCUGAUGAAAACAAGGUCCGCCUUUCCUGGUUUCCUCUCAAGGGCGAGUUACUUCCCAUACCUCACGGCAACGUGGUCGACAUACGACACGAAUCCGAACCGAAGACAAAAAUGAUGCAAAUCUCGAAGCUGCCCUUCGAGAUACAGGAUACAAUAUUCGAGAUGGGAACGUCGAUGAUCAUCUACGCAAUCCACGUGGCUGUGAAAGAUGUCGCGCUCUAUGUUCGCCAUAACAGCGACAGUUACAUAAACAUUUCUUCCAAUGAACAAAUGGUCCAGGACAUAGCAGAGUCUUGUCCUCUAGCAUACACCUGCAGCCGUUCCCGUGCCGCCGUAUUCAGAAGACUACAUCGCCUGGCCCAUAAACAAAGACCGGUAAUCCGGUUCGCGAUCCUCGAGGAUAUUCACAUCACCAUCAGGUUAAGAGACAUGGUGAAUAAUCGAAACCACUUCACUGCAUGUUCCGACUCGGAUGAGGAAGAUCCCAACAUGUGUUUGAGACUGCCUAGCAUUUGCCUGUACGAAAGCCCCUCUGUACCGGUCGCAGACUUGGAGGACUGGUAUACUACACUGCCCGCCUUCCUCGAAAACAAAGUAGAUCGUGUCGACGCCGAAUGGUGGUGGGACAGAGACACUGGAAUAGCUAGGGUGUCUCCUUUGUUGGGAAAAUUCAUGCAUAGCUUCCCCCGGGCAACGCAUUUCACCAUCACGCCGCGUCUACCUUUCAUGCUGAGUGCGCAACCCGCCACACCAGGCAUUGUGGACAGCAAACACCGCUUGCAAAAGCUUGGGGCUGUGGAAGAAGAACUUGAGGUCUUGAAGCUGAGGGAGGCGGAGAGAUAUAGAUAUCUACAACGCCGCCUGAUGUCUCUAUGGGAGCAGGAGGGUUGGACCACGAUGGCGGCCUACGCGACGAAGGAUUUCCCGUUACCCAUAUUCGAGUUCAACCAUAAGGUGAGAAACCCGCGUGGCGAUCCAUGUUAUCUCGUAAAGACUCAUUGA